AUGGCAUCCCGCAACCCAGCACCACAGUGCCCAAUGGCAACCAACGCAGCCUCAUCGUCGUCGUCGACAUCGCCACCCCAGGCCGAAAAGUACCCCAAAAUCUGCCCCGGCGGCGGCCUCCUCAUUGCCUGGCAGCUCAAGGCCAAAAAGGUCCUCAUCGUCGGCGGCGGACCCGUAGCAGCAGGCCGGCUGGUCAAUGUCAAGGACGCCGAUGCCCACCUCACCGUCCUCUGCCCGCGCUCGGGCCUUUGCCCAGAGAUGGCGUACCGCAUCGACGUGGAAAACGUCGUCGACGUCUACCUCGACCGCGCCUACACCGACGACUCGAUCCUCGACGGCUUCGACAUGGUCCUCACCGCCAUCGACGACCUCGAGCUCUCCAAGUCAAUCUGCUACGCCUGCCGCGCCCGCCGCAUCCCCGUCAACGUCGCAGACGUGCCGCCGGAGUGCGACUUCUACUUUGGCUCCCUCAUCCGCAACGGUCCGCUCCAGGUCAUGGUCUCGACGGGAGGGCAGGGUCCCAAGAUUGCCUCGCAGACGCGCCAGAAGAUCCAGGCCGCCAUCCCGUCCAACGUCGGCCAGGCCAUUGUCAACGUGGGCAAGCUCCGCAGCAUGCUUCGGAAAAAGGUGCCGCAGACCGACAUGGGCGCGCGCAGGAUGCGCUGGAUGAUUGAGGUGUGCGACAAGUGGAACCUCGACGAGAUCUGCACAAUGACCGAAGGCGACAUGCACAAGAUCCUCGAGGGGUGGGACCAGGGCCGCGUCCUGGGAUACCAGGAGGUCAAGGGCGGCUGGUCGUUCCUCCCCAGCGACGUGCGCAUCAAAAAGGCCCUCUUUGGCUCCUGCCCCGUCGUCGGCUACCCGAGCCCCUAUGUCACCACCAUGGCAGGCUUCCUCGCGGGCGCCGCCGUCACGGCCGCCAUCGGAUUGGCUCGCUCGGCGACCAGGUAG